UUGCAGCACAGUCAGUGCCUGGUAGCGAUUUAGACGAGGGCGUAUGUAUGGGCUUGAGGCAGCAGUGAAUGCAUUUCCCACAGACUGUGGUCGCACUUUUCUCCUCGCAUACGGAUUACCACUGAGUCCACAAAUUGCCUAGACGCAGCAUCGCAUUUUUUCCCGCUCCAUUUCUCCAUUUAAAGGCCUGUCACAGAGUAAAGUGGCUCGGUGUGCGUGUGUUUAGUCAGCGGAGCGAGAGCAGCAGUGUGUCCCCGAUGGCUGGCUGGAAGGACGGCUCAGUGCAGGAGAAAUAUCGCCUGGUGGUCGUCGGAGGUGGUGGCGUCGGAAAAUCAGCAUUAACCAUUCAGUUUAUCCAGUCAUACUUCGUCACUGACUAUGACCCUACGAUUGAAGACUCCUACACAAAACAGUGUGUGAUUGACGAGAGGCCUGCUCGGCUGGACAUCCUGGAUACAGCAGGACAGGAAGAGUUUGGAGCCAUGAGAGAACAAUACAUGAGGACAGGGGAGGGCUUCCUUCUCGUCUUCUCUGUCACUGACCGGGGAAGCUUUGAAGAGAUCUACAAGUUCCAACGACAGAUCUUGAGAGUGAAGGACCGGGAUGAAUUUCCCAUGAUUCUAGUGGGUAACAAAGCUGAUCUUGAGCAACAGAGACAAGUGACCCAGGAGGAGGGCCAGCAGCUCGCCAGACAACUCAAAGUCACAUACAUGGAGGCCUCAGCUAAGAUCCGUAUGAAUGUAGACCAGGCUUUCCACGAGCUGGUCCGAGUCAUAAGGAAGUUCCAGGAGCAAGAGUGCCCACCCUCGCCAGAGCCCACUCGUAAAGAGAAGGAUAAGAGCGGCUGCCAUUGUGUGAUUGUCUAACUGGCUUCUCACUGCUGCCACUCUCCCAGCUGCUGUCACCCGUCCCUGUCCCCAACCCUGCCUUCUGACAUCACAUCCUGUGUGGAUGAACUGGCUGCCUUUCUACAUGUGCAUGUCUUCAAAACAGCAGUCUCUCUCAUAGCCUUAUCUGGGGCAUCUGUGCCUCUAGGACUUCACUACUAGAAGAACCAAACUGACACAAUCUUGAUCGAACUCACCAUUGUACCUUCAACUAGAGUACUGACAUCAGUGUGACCUACAAUAUGGUAAUCGUGUCCCAACACUAAACAAUCGCUUCUUACAAAUUUGCUAUAAAACACACACACAAUUCCGUUUUUUGUAUUUUGAAGAUUUCUUUUUCUCUUGCCUUGUGACAUUUGUACUUUUGCUGAGAUCGAAAGACUAAACGAUACACCAAUCGGGAUUGCAGACGACUUUUAGUUCCUGAUCUUUCACAAGAUCUAGAGUGAGAUGGUGUUCUGAAGCGUUGUGUGUGUGUGUCGUGCCAUAUCUGUUUUUACUUCCAUAUGCUAAGCAGCGAUUGUACAUAAGUAAAGAUUCAUGUGAGUUGAAACCACCUUUAUAAUGACAAAACUCAGUCGCAGAGUAUCUUGUGUGAGAUUGACAAGCUUGUUUUGACAUGGAUUAAAACAAUAAUGCACUCGCAGAUAUGUAAAUAGAUAGCCUCUAACAUUAUGCCAAUUUUGUCAGCAGUGAAAUCAGUUUCCCAACUUCUUUUUUUUGUUUGUAUUGUAAAGCUACUUGGCAUGUAUGGAUUUGAUUCUUUUAAAGGGAUAGUUCACCUAAAAAUGAAAAUUUAUUCACCCCUCAUCGGUUUCAAACCUAUUCCAAACCAACACUUUUUGUCUGCGGAUUUUUAUAUUUUUUUAGUCCGUAAAAUGAACAGGGUUGUUUUAUUUAUUUUAUUAAAUUUUCUCAUAUUUAUACAGAGUCUGACCUGAAUUGCAUGAAUGCAAGAGAAACAAUUUCUGAGUUUGAAAUUUUUUUUUUUUGAGGUAAUCUUGUGGUUUUCUGCUAAAUUAACUAAACAGAGAAAAGAAGACAACCAUAAAUAUUGUUUAGAUUACUGUUAGUUAAAUUGAUUAUUUUAUUAAAUACUUUUCCAGUUUUAUAUAGGUAAUAUGUCUUUAUUUAUUGUAUUGUUAAUUUUUAAUAAUUAAUGAAAAAUCAUAUUUGCAAUCAUCAUUAUUAUAAUUAUUAUACAUUCAUACUUAAUUCUUCUUUUCUUCCUUCUUUUUUGUCCUUUGCUGAUCAUAUGUCAGAAUGAAAAUCGAUUGUUGUUUUAGGCCCCAUUGCUUUUCAUUAUUUGGACAAAACAUAUUUCAAUUUGUGUUUCACAGAAGAAAGGAAGUCAAGGACAAGAGAAUGUUCAUAUUUGGUUGAACUUUCCCUUUACGUUCUGUGAUUGUGAAAUGUAUUCUACAUGUAGCUGGAUUGUUCAGCUCUGAUUUCUACAGACUAUCUUCAGACUCAGGUUGCUCCAUUUACAGUGUUUUCACAAAGUUCAUUCAGAGGUGCACAAUAGGCUGUCUGUUCUCUACUAGGUACCCCACCGAGAUUGAUGAGACUGAGAAAUAGUCACUGAAAUAAUUGUCUUUUUUUCUGGCCUUGUAUUUCAAUUCACUUUUACACUGAUUUUCUUUUUUUAUUGGUUUGGAAAUGUAUUUAAGUGAUCAAAACAGUGCAAGGACUUUGUUUCAAGGGGACAGUUGAACUGCUGACACCACAGGCAUCUUUUAAGCAUCUUUUCAUGAUAUACAUGAAAAAAAAACAUUUUUUUUUUUGAUUAUUCAAAAGACAGAAUUCAUACAUCAGACAUCCACAUUCCCUCGAGUUUUUCUUUUUUCAUGGGUUGACGUCUCUGUGACAUUCACACUUAAAUCUGACAGGUGAUAGUUUGCUUCCUGGCUUCAUACUCACUAUUGCAUCAUGCCAUGUUUUAUUUUUGUCUUCCUUUUUUUAUUUUUUUUUCAGCGUGCAUUUCUGUAUGAGGGAUACAAAUAGACUAAUUUUAGUUUUUGUGUUUUAUCAUCAUGUAAUAUAAGAAAAAAAAUGGCGUUGAUCUUUUGAAUGGACAUGAUUAAAUGUUUUUACUAUAUACUUUUAUACAUUAUUUUCUUAUCAGACCAGUUAAUGAGUAUUUUUAUAUGUUUGUAAGUGAAAAUGCUCUCACGGCACAACUAUGUGUAUAUGUAAAGAGGAGUAUUUAAUUAUCUCGGUUUGUUUUGAACUAAAAAAAAAGGCCUAUGUAUGUUGAACUGUGGUCCUUUCCUGCUUUUGUUGGAUUGAAGCAGUUAACCAAUCCAAACAGUCAUCAACCUCAUAGCCUUUAACAACUUUACCAGUGAUCACUGGGCCAAAGCUUCAAGCUGAUGCCCUUCUGUUAUGAUUCAGGUUCAUAUCCAAACCUAAACCUUGUCUGUUAUACCAGUUAAUAGCGAAAUGGAUGAAAACAAAAGCUAGGAAGAACAGAAGUGGCUCUUCUUCUUCCCAGAGUCUGUGUACAUCUAAUAGACACUGUUUUAUUUGUCACAUAUUUCCCUCCCCUGUAUAGCCUCCGGUGUUAUAAUAAAAUCUAUGAUUUAUCUGUGAUACAUUAUUUUUGCUUUUCCUUACAGAGGAAACGCAGUACAACAAUGUUGCACAAAAUUAUAGCUCUCGUUCUUUAAAGGUGCUUAUGUAGGAUUGUAUGUAGGUUUUUAUUGUUCUCGAGUCUGCUGUGUAUUCUUCCAUGAGAUUUAAAAGUGUCAGGUAACAUUGUGAAGGAGGAAGGUGUCAUCAUUUUCGAGAAUACUCCAAAUUAAGAGGAUCGGCUUCAGAAAAGCUGCUGUUUGCUUAUGUGGUGACUGUUAUACAAUUAAAGUGUCAAGUAGUCAAAGUAAAUCAAUACUGUAACAACUAUAAUAUAGAGUUGUUGCUGUAUGUGUCAGUUUUGUAGUGAUUGUAAAUCUGAAUGCACAGUUACUAUUAAAGCUUACUCUGAGACAGGUCUUGAAUGGUCAGGACUGAGUUUCCCCAAAGCAUCAUAAGCCUGAGUGGAUUUUUAAAAACCAUUGGUGCUAGUUAUCACAGCAGAUCUGAAGACAGACUAUAUCAGAAACAAGUGAAGAAUGCAUCAUAUUUGUAACUAUAGAAAAGAGAGAAGGUAGACAGGCUUUAACCAAAUACAGAUAGUAGAUUUAGAUUUUUUUUAGAAAUUUGUUGGUUAUUUUCAAGUUUUCUAUUAAAAAAAGGCUUGCAAGACUUACAAAUGGGAAGGAAAAGAAUACUGAUACUCAUUUUCAAACUCGAUGAACGGACCAAGCAGACAUAGGCUACUAGGCAACAGGUAUUUUAAUGUUUUAAUAUUGCACAGUUUUAAUAAGUGUUAAGUUCUGAAAAUCUCACGAAAAACUGACAUGUUAAGGCUUUCAAAACCAGAGCCAUGAAUUAUGUUUUGCUAUUUGCUCAGAAGCAUGUGCUAUUGGGGAAAAUGAUAUUCUAAUCCUAGGUAGUUUAUUGGAUGUGAGUAUGUGAGUGCAAAUUAGCCAUGAAUAUUAUAAAUUAAUAAAUAACUGACGACUACGUUAUUUCUUUUUAAGAAAAUCUUUAACCAAACGUGUGCCCUCAUUGUGAAUUUUAACAACUGCCAUUUCCCCUCUCAUAGCAGUGGUUCAGUCCACCUAUUUUAUACCCCUCAACCAAACGGUUUUCCAAGGCUUUCCAGCUCCACACCAGAAACAUCUGAAGACAUUCACUGUAGGGAAGACGGAGGAUUUAACACAAGACGCCAACAAUAUCAUACUGCUCGGCCUCGCUGUAUAAUCGAUCAUUUGUGUCCACAGAUGGCCAUGGACGGACUGAGCAACAAUAAGAGCAUGUCAUACAGUCGAUGGAGUUAUGACAGUGAACUGCUACCUGACUCACCUUUGAUAUCCUGCAAGUCAGUCUGCCUGCCCAUCCAUCAGUCCUCAGCCCGUCAGUAUCCUGCAUAUAUCUAUUGCUGUUAUUAUUACAUACUGUACCUGCCUAAUAAAUUAUGUGUCACCUGCUAUUUCA